AUGAACGACCGCUCGCCUGCUAGCCCUGCGGCUGAAACUCGCGUGCUUGAACGCGCGGUUUGCAGCGGGUGCGGGUGCUUCUGCGACGACAUUCACUUGAAGUAUGAGGGUGAAACCCUCACAGCGAUCGAUCGGGCCUGUUCACUGGGUGAAACCUGGCUGCAACAAGUCAGACCGCUUGAAGCCACUGCCAGGGUGGCCGGGAAAGUUGUAGAGCUGGAUGCCGCGAUUGAGAAGGCGGUCAAGUUCAUCACCGCUUCCAAUGCACCUGUGUUGCAGGGGCUGGCCGGCCUGAGUUUGGAAGCCGCGCGUGAGGCGGUGUUGUUAUCGCGGGAGGUUGGGGCGGUAUUGUUACCUCGACCCUGCCCUACGACUUCCUACCUUCGUGCGGGGCUCGAUGCUCCCGAGUUCACCGCCACACUCGGCAAGGUGCGAACCACGGCCGACGUGGUGAUCUUCUGGCGAGCCGAUCCACUGCGAACCCACCCGCGACACCUGGAGCGCUAUUCGUACUCCCCUCCCCUGCUUAAUGAGAACGAGCGCACGCUGGUGGUGGUCGAUGAACUCACCGCGGACUCUGAACAUGAGACUGCCGGGCAGGCGACGCAUUGUGUUGGGCUUGAGUCCAGUGGGUCUGACCUCGAGUUGGUUGCUGUCCUCGAAAUGUUGUUGCGAUCCAAGCGGUUGAAUCAUCUGAAAGAUAGUACCUUCGAAACAACGGUUGAUUCGGCGAAGCAGCUGGCCGAAUUGAUUGGUCGGGCCACGCACACGCAUGUGUUCCUGGGUAUCAACGCCGCCGAGUCGCAGGCACUGUGCGACGCGCUACAUGGAAUGGCGGCCCGAGUGCGGGCGGAACACCAUGUUUCCAUUUCGAGCCUUCCCGCGGUGGGCAACACCUGGGGGGCACAAGAAGUAUCGACUUGGUUGCUUGGCGCACCGGCACCUUUGUGGCCCGGCUGUUGUGACGGUGAAGGUGCCGAAGGUCCGCGGAUGCUCUCCGCCGGUGCCGACUUGGCGGCCGAUGUGUUUGAUCUUUGCCUGAGUAUUGGGGCGGAAGGGGACGGCGAGACGAGUGAACCUGCGAGCGGUGGGCAGAAAGUCCCACGGAUUACGCUCGGCCGGGAGCACGACAGCACGGCCGACGUCUCGUUUACGGUUCCGGGGCUCGACCCUCGAUUGAAUGCCAGUGUGAUGCGCAGCGACGGGAUUGUGCUGACGUUGUGUGGGGAUUCAGCACAAGGUGUGGAAGAUCCGGCGGUGGCGAUCUUGCGUUCGCUACGAGAACGAGUUUACGACCCGGCCAACGGUGUUGAUGGGGUCGUGAAGACCGUAUGCAUCAAAGACGGACGGGUCAUCGAAGAACCUGCGGAAGGAUUUAAGGCGGACCGCAAGAUCGACGCCACAGGUCGGGUGGUGAUGCCGGGUGGGGUCGAUAUGCACUGUCAUAUCGCCGGCCCUUCGGUGAAUCGCGCCCGCCGGCUGAUUGCCAGUGACAGUUCGCUACGCAGUCAAUCCAAUGCCGAGUGGCCCAUUGUGCCAACCACGGAAUCGACAGGGCAGCGUUACGGUUUGCUCGGCUACACCACGGCGAUCGAAGCGGCCAUCGCUCCCAGCGGGGCACGGCAGUGUCACCUGGAGUUUGCCGACACGCCGAUUCUCGAUCGCGGUUUUUUGCUGCUGCUGGCGAAUCAUGAGUUGCUGUUCGACUUGUUAGAAGGGGAUGAAGACGAACUCGCUCGCGGGGUUGUGGCUUGGCUGCUGCAUCAGACCGGUUCGUUCGGGAUCAAAGGCGUGAACCCCGGCGGGGUCUCACACUGGCUGUCGACGGCCGAGGCGCUGACCAGCUUUUCCGCCCCCCUGCCCGGCCGGAAGAUUUCGCCACGGCGGGUGGUGGAGUUUCUGGCGCACACCGCCGAUACGCUGCAGUUACCUCACCCGUUGCACUUGCAUGUGAACCAGCUUGGCGUGCCGGGCAACAUCGAUGUGACGCUGGAAACCUCCCGGGCGCUCAGCGGGCACCGGCAUCAUUUGGCUCAUGUGCAGUUUCAUAGCUACGGGGAAGACGAUUCAGGUGACUUCACCAGCGGGGCCGAGCGGUUCAUCGAGCACUUGCACGCCAACCCCGAAGUGACGGCCGACGUGGGACAGGUGAUGUUUGGCGAUGCACUCACGCUGACGGCCGACGCCGAGGUGGAGUACUUCCUGUGGAAGUUGACCGGCAAGCCGUAUGUGAAUGUGGAGGUCGAUCUGGAGACCGGCUGCGGCAUCAUCCCGGUGGAGUACCGCAACGAUUCGCGGAUGCACACCAUGCAAUGGGCCAUCGGGCUGGAACUGUUCUUGCUGUGCAACGACCCUUGGCGAUUGCCGCUGUCGACCGAUCAUCCCAACGGUGGAUCGUUUCUGGCUUAUCCCACGCUCAUCGCUCAGUUGAUGGACCGCGGCCUGCGCGAGGCGGCCAUCGAGCGGGCGAACCCCAAGGCAAUGAACCGCUGCCGGCUGAAAGAGAUGGAUCGCGAGUUUACGCUCAACGAAAUCGCGAUCAUCACGCGGGCGGCACCGGCGCGGAUUCUAGGGCUUACGAACAAGGGACACCUGGGCCCGGGGGCGGAUGCCGACGUGACGAUCUACAACGAUACGGCCGACCGUGAGGCGAUGUUCCGCUGGCCGCAGAUGGUGAUCAAAGGUGGAGAGAUCCUCGUCGAAGACGGUGAGCUUUGCCGCAGCCAGGCCGGGCGAACGUUAGUGGUCGAGCCAUCGCACGAUGACGAUGCUGAACGCUAUGUUCGCCAAUGGAACGAACGCCACGGCACGUUCGAUCCUCGCCAGAUGGCUGUGGGGCAAGGACUGAGGUCUUCGCUGGAAAAGAUUACUCAGGGAAAAGAAUAG